GUCUGUCACUCAAUGGCGUAAAGGAAAAAUCGUGAAAAAAACGUACGGAAAAGUGUUAAAAACCCACAGAAAAAUUGCCAAUUUCGGUAGAAAAACAAUCCCAAAGUGUCCAUACAAUCGAAGAUAAUCAGGAAAUUCACACAUUCUUUGUGAAAAAAGCAAAAAAAUAAAAUAUCCAAAAAAGAAGGCAGUGGCAAAAAAGUGUUGAUAAAAAGAAAUCUGCCACAAAUUCUCGAGAAAAAAAAGGAAUAAAUAAUAAAAAGAAAUUAAUCACACACAAGUGCACGAAAGGAUAAUGAAUCACGUCGCUUAGACUGGAUUACGAGCGGAAAUAAAAAAAUAACAAAAGUCACCUCUACAGCAGUAACACAGUUCGGAGUCGUAAGCUGGCAAGAUGUUGUUGAUCUAAUUAGCAAGCAACGCAGCAACAACAACAACAAACCGCAUCAAAAGAACAAUCAUCUCUCAUCACCGAUUGCACGACGGAAUUCAACUGGGAGUUCCCUCAACGACAUCAAUCACAGUAAUCAGCAUCCAUCGACGACGAAAACUCCGAACGGCAUGAAUAGUCACACGGCGGCAAUUAAUCUACAAUCAGCAGCGGGACAUCAGCGAGGCUUCGCAGGAGCGACAGUCGGAUAUCAGCCUCCCGUUGCGCCAAUUGCUCCAGCUAGACAUAAUCAAAAACGGCCUGCGCCUCAGCCGGGGCAACAGCAACAAAUCCAGCAACAACCACAAUACCAAACAGCGUUACAGGCGCACAGCAAUCAUGUGGCUGGACCACCAUUACCUCCGCACACAAUAAACAGUCAAAAUCACGGUUGGAAAAGCACAUCGACACAAUCACACCAACAACAACAACAAAAAUCACCUCUACUAAGUCAAGUAAUACAUUCCAUCCCACAGCCAAACUCAUUACCGGCAAGUCUUAACUUAAUCGCGGACCGAAGCGCCACAACCAUCGUGCCCGGAUCAACGACGUCGUCAACACAACAACUCAAUCAUAACAAUAAUAAUAACAAUUUAAUGUCUACGUCACUUAAUAAUGCCCAACUGCCAAGUCAUUUAGCGAAUAGUAGUCAAAAUUGUGUUAAUUCUGUUUCUGUGACAUCUGCAUUGCAUCCACAGAAUAUUUGCGGGAUGUCGCAGUCGUUACACGAUUCAGGUGCCAAUAACUACGAGAACAACAGCAGUUGGUCCAAUACAACGGGCAGUCAGGGAUCCGGCAGUAAUCACAUUGUCGUUGCCAAGGGACAAAUUUCACCCACAGCGCCCGUUCCUCCGCGGAAUCUCAAGAAGCAGGAUGUGCUAUCGUCAUUAUUCAAUCAUGGCAAAAUAUCGCGCGAUGAGGCUGAAAGACUUCUCACGCCACGCACCGAUGGCCUGUUUCUCGUACGCGAAUCCACAAACUUCCCGGGCGACUGUACGCUCUGCGUUUGCUUCCAAAACAAAGUCGAGCAUUAUCGCAUCAAGAAGGAACACAACCCACAAUACAAUAAACCAAAGUUGACAAUCGACGACGAGGAAUACUUUGACAAUCUGUCGCAACUCAUUGCCCAUUAUCGCAAGGAUGCGGAUGGUUUGUGUACCCAGCUGAAGGAUUGUCUCCCAAUGAAGAUUGACGAACGAUGGCAAAUUCCGGAGAAAGAUGUGCAGAUCAAGGAGAGCAUCGGCAAGGGAGAGUUCGGGGACGUGAUGCUGGGCAUUUAUAAAAAUCAAAAAGUUGCUGUCAAGUCGCUGAAGGAUUCCACGGAGACGGCACAAAAGUUCCUAGCGGAAGCGCAUGUCAUGGCAUCACUUGAACACGAAAAUCUCGUAAAAUUCAUCGGUUUAGUCACAAGUAAAGAACACGUGUAUAUUAUUACGGAAUAUAUGAGUAAAGGGUCUCUCGUGGAUUAUCUCAGAUCGCGAGGCAGACAACACAUCACGAAAAAAGAUCAGAUAAACUUUGCAUAUGACACAUGUUCGGGCAUGGAAUAUCUGGAAAAGAAGAAAGUCGUUCAUCGCGAUCUCGCUGCCCGUAAUGUCCUGAUAUCGGAAAGUUGCGUGGCAAAAGUGUCAGAUUUUGGUUUGGCCAAAGAGGAAGGCAUCAACAUCGACGUUGGAAAGUUGCCGAUUAAAUGGACUGCUCCUGAAGCGCUAAAAGAAUCGAAAUUCUCAAGUAAAUCCGAUGUGUGGAGUUUUGGCAUUUUGCUAUGGGAAAUCUACUCAUUCGGUCGAGUGCCAUAUCCAAGAAUACCCCUUGCUGACGUUGCCAAACAUGUACAAACGGGCUACAAAAUGGAAGCACCCGAAGGGUGUCCUCAGGAAAUCUACAGCAUGAUGACGUCCUGCUGGAAUUUAACGGUAGAGAAGCGUCCUUCAUUUAGUGAUCUUAAACCUAUUUUAGCGCGACAUAAGGAGACCACGACAUAAAAUUAUAGAGAAAUAACAACAACUUUUGAAUUAGUUUUUUAAGAAGAGUAUUUUAUUUUUUAAUCACUUACAAAAAAAUAUAUUGUCUGUACACGACAAAAAUUUUAAUUAAUUUUUAAAAUUAAUCAAAAAUGGAAUGAAAUCAUUUUUUAAAAAAUAUUUUUUUGACAAAAAAAAAUUUAAUAAAUUUUACUUUCAUAAAUAUUUAUAAAAAAAAAACUUUUUUAGGCCAAGUACUGAUAAAAA